UCUGAGGAGAGAAUACACAUACCGACUUCCAAUUAUGCGUCUCCUAAUAACCGCAGCUAUAUUGACCCUGUGGGUAGGCUUGGUGCAAUCCCACGGCUACCUAAAAGACCCCAUCGCCCGGACUUCAAUACAACUCCGAGAAGCCGAAUUCAACACGCAACAACCCUACUGGUGGGACAAUCAAGGGGUUUGGUGCGGAAAUGUGAAACAGUCCCCCAACUAUGAGACAUGUGGGCGUUGCGGGGAUGCCCCCGGGGAGACAUUGGCUAAUCAGAAUGGAAUCUACGAUAAGAAGGUCAUCGUAGCAACAUACACGGCUGGAUCUAUAAUUGAGGUAAAAAGCGAAUACCAGGCCCCGCAUGGUGGACAGUACUCUUUGGAACUUUGCCCACAAGAAACUGAAACUGACAAUUGCUUCGUCCCUUUGACAAUUUUGGGAGGGACGGAUCAAGUCUUGAAUAACACCAUGUGUGUUACAAACGAAUACGAAGAGCUCACUGCCCGAGUUCAACUUCCCCAAGGGGUUAGAUGCGAAAGGUGCACGGUAAGAUGGACCUACAGGACUUAUUACAAUUCAGAUCCUUGGGACCCAGCCUGGGAAAUAUGCUGGCUUAAUCCUGCUCCGACACAAAUCUUUAGAAAUUGUGCCGACGUGAGGAUUAUUUAAAGAUAAAUUUGUUCUUGACAUUGGUUUAUUGUUGAAAUUUCAAAAUGUAGUAAAUAAAAUAUUGAUGCAAAUAAAUUCAAAUGUAUCUGUAAUUA